AUGAUAAGUAAAUUGGAAAUACUUCCAAAUGAAAUAUUAUUAAAUAUAUUUUGUUAUUUAUCGUGGGAUGAAAUAUUAAUAUCGUUAUGGUCGUUAAAUGAACGAUUUAAUUCUCUUAUUUAUUUAAUAUUUUCAAAUAAUGAAAAUGGAAUUAUUUUUAAUAAAUCAGGUUUAUCUUAUAAAAUAUUUUCAUCAAUAUUAUUACCAUUAAUAUUUAAUUCAUCAUCAUCUAUUUCUUCGAAUAUAAAAUAUAUUCAUUUUGAUGGAAAUAAAUCGAUUCCUUUUGAUUUUAUUUAUCAAUGUAUUUUUUCUAACAAUGAUCAACAGAAAAUAUCUUUUCCUAAUCUUAAAUCACUUUAUAUUACUCGAUGUUUUUUAACUCAACCAAUAAUUCAGACAUUAUCUGUACUCAUUCAAUAUCAUUUAAAUCAACUUACAUUAACAUUUCAUGAAGAUAUGUUUGAAGGAGCUGAUUAUACACGAGUCACUUCAUUAACUAUUUUUGAUAUAGGUAAUCAAUAA